CGGGCCUUUUAUUUUGAAAGGGACUUUAUGGUUCCUGUUGUUGUGACGCAUAUGACGUAAAAAAGCGAUUUCUUCACGCUGUUCUCACAUGGAAACCUAAACAUGGAGAAUUCAAGCACAGAGAACGUAAUUGAUGGCCAGGAUCAAGGUGAGACCAAAUCUGAAAACGAGAAAAUGGAAUUGGAUAUUAAUACAACAGAGUUUCAGACUGAAACGAAAGGUAGUCAGAGCUCCGGACCACAACUUGGACCAACAGAUGAAACCUGCACCAGUGCUCAAUCUGAACAAAUAGAAGAUCAGAUCUCCAGCAUUCAGGCUGAACAUAUAGAAGAUCAAUGCAGCAGGGGUCAGCUUGGACCAGCAGAAGGUCCGUACACUGGUGAUCAGUCUAUAGACACUGAAGGUCAGAGCUCCAGUAUUCAGUCUGAACAGAAGUCAAGCGGUCAACUUAGACCAACAUUAGAAUCAUGCACCAGUGAUCUUUCUGGACUGGCAAGAGAUCAGAUGUCCAUUAUUCAGUCUGAACAAACAGGAGAUCAGAGCUCCAGCAUUCAAUCUGAACAAACCAGUGAACAGAAGUCAAGCGGUCAACUUGGAUCAACAUCAGAACCGUGCAUCAGUCAUCUUUCUGGACUGGCAAGAGAUCAGAUGUCCGUUAUUCAGUCUGAACAAACAGGAGAUCAGAGCUCCAGCAUUCGGACUGGACCUGCAAAGAUGCAGUGUGGAGUUGUGGUUAGUCCACACUCUGGCACAGGUUCAUUGGCUCUGUUGGGCAUGCAGUACAGAGGAAACAGCUCGGAUGACAACUGUUCAGACAGUGACUCAGACUCAUCGUCCUCCACAUCAUCCUCUUCAUCGUCCUCAUCCUCUUCUUCUACUGAGCCUCUUGAGGUAGUGAUGAACAAUGCAGAUGAUGAUGAUGGAGUUGUUGCCAUGGGCAAUGAGAAGAAGCCAGUACCAGUGAAAACCCAUGAUGAGUUGCUUAUUGAGGACCUUCCUGCAGUGGAGAACCUGAUCAUCAGUCUUCCAGAGGAUACAGAGAUGGAGCCCAUUGGCACGAUAUCAAGCAUUGUGGAGCAAUUAGUGAUCGUGGAGUCAUACAAGAACACACCAGCACUGAAUGAAGACAGUGUGUUAUUCAACAAAAACAGAAACUCUGUUGGCAAGGUCUUUGAAAUCUUCGGGCCGGUUUGUCAGCCCUACUACGUUCUGAGGUUCAACUCCCAUGACGAUAUUGACCAGAAAGAUGUUAAAGUUCGAGACCCUGUUUACUUCGCCCCUAAAAUUAAAGAUUUCACAGACUACAUCUUUACAGAGCGACUCCAUGAGACCAAAGGCUCAGAUGCAUCCUGGAAGAAUGACCAGGAACCACCCCCUGAGGCACUUGACUUUAGUGAUGAUGAGCAAGAGAAGCUGGCGAAACAGAAGCUGAAAGAACAAAAGAGACGGCAGCAAAACGAUUCUGACUCAGAGGAUGAAUCGGAUGCCCAUAAAGCACCUCAAAAAGCAGGCCGGCGGAAGCCCCGACAGAACCGCAACGUUCCCCGUGGGCAGCACCACAAUCGCGGCGGCGGUUUUCAUAGCAACUAUCACGCUCACCCCCACUUCCCACCUGACUACAUGUUCCCCCAUCCAGAUCCACACAUGUUUCCUUUCCAGCACCCAAUGAUCCCACCCUUUCCCAGACCGCCACCCUUUCACAUGGGCAUGGCCCCGUGGCCCCCAGGGCCCAAUCAGGGCUUUAUGUUCCAGCCCCCACCUCCCCCUCCUCCACCACCUCCAUUUAAUCAAUAAACCUGUGACUGAAUCCUCUUCACAACCUGCGCCCUUAAAGGGAUCACAAUCUUUGCAUACUAAUAUAACUGUAUACAGGUGUGUAGUGUGCAUCAAACCUAACUGUAUAUUGUUAGUGCAAUUUUUCAUUUUGUAUUAAAAUGAUUAAUUUCUUUA